AUGCGUUUCUCCAUCCUCGUCGUCCUCUCCGCCGCAAGCCUCGCAACCGCCCAACUCACAUACAACCUCACACAAGCCCUUGCACCUGGCAACUUCAAGAAAUACCGCUGCCUCGACAACGACAAACUCCUCGCCCUCAUGCCACCCGUCACAGCAAAGUGUCUCAAGACCUGCCAAAUCGCAGCCAACAAAGGCGACGGAUGUGCCGAGAACGACUUCGCGUGCCACUGCGUCAACUACAACACCUACUCCGAUCUAAUCGAGCCCUGCGCCUUCGCGCUCCCCGCUAACCCCGCAAUCAACCCGCCGUGCGAUACAAACGCGCUGAUCGCCGCGCGCCCGAUCAUCCAGGACAUGUGCAAUUUCUUCAAUGCGACGCUGUAUGCGGACUAUCGCCGGUGUCCGCAGGAGCUGAGUAAGAAGAAGACGUAUGGGAUUAUUGCGAAGGAGGAGAUUGAGUGCACUUUCUAG